AGAGAGAGAGGUAAAGGAGUGAGUAGGAGAGAAACAAGAUAAUCGCCGUUGCUGACGUCACCGCCGGUAAUCAAAAUCGUCCCUUUAACCGUAAUAUCUCUCUUUUACUCUUUUCUUCUACCCUCUAAACAAUCCGAUCCAACAACUAAAAAAGUUCUUAUCCUAAGCCUCAUUCCUCCACUGCGCACGUUAGCCUCUUCCUCUCCUCCCCCACUCCGAGAUGGAGACGACCCCGGAGACUCAGCCGAAGCCUCACCAACAGAGCGGGUCUCACCGUUUACCGGCGGGGAGAGAGGAUUGGUGGAGCGAGGACGCUACGGCGACGUUGAUCGAAGCUUGGGGAGAUCGUUACGUCAAUCUCAACCGUGGGAAUCUCCGGCAAAACGAUUGGAAAGAAGUCGCCGACGCCGUCAAUUCGAGCCACAGGAAUGGCCGGCCGAAGACCGACGUGCAGUGCAAAAAUCGGAUCGAUACGUUGAAGAAGAAGUAUAAGACUGAAAAGGCGAAGCCUUUGUCGUCGUGGUGCUUCUUUGAUAGACUCGAUUUCUUAAUUGGUCCGGCUGUGAAGAAACCGUCCGGCGGGGUUGUUAAAUCGGCGUUGAUGAACCCUAAUUUGAAUCCUACUGGAUCUAAAUCGACGGGUAGCUCUCUUGACGACGACGACGAUGAUGAUGAAGAAGAUGAUGAUGAUGAUGAUGCGGGUGAUUGGGGGUUUGUGGUGAGGAAGCAUCGUAGAGUUGAAGACGUAGAUCCGAGUGAAGGAUCUGCCUUUAGGGAGCUGGCGAGAUCGAUUCUGAAGUUAGGGGAAGCGUUUGAAAGAAUCGAGGGUAAGAAGCAGCAGAUGAUGAUUGAAUUGGAGAAGCAGAGAAUGGAAGUUGCAAAGGACCUUGAGUUGCAACGAAUGAACAUGUUGAUGGAGAUGCAAUUGGAGCUUGAGAAAUCCAAACAUGGCAAACGAAGAGCUUGUUCAGGUAAGAAGUUGUAGGAUUAUAGAUUGUGGAGGAGUUUCUGUGGUGAAGCAAGGAGCACUGGUUGGAUCUAAAGCUCAUACGAAUUGGACAAGAUGUUAUUAUUAUUGAUCUUUAGGUUUUCUUAAGUUAGAGCGAUGCUUUUUUUUCUUCUUGUUUUUUUCUUUUUCAUUCUUUUCUUUAGCAUUGUAGAGUACAUUGGUAGUAACAAUGCGGAUUACCAAAAGAACACUCGUAGUAUCUGACAUAUCAAGAUGUACUUUUGUGAAGUAUCAAUGUAUGAUGGUUUGUGUA